CGUAAGCUGCGGUCUAUAUAUGCUGUUCUGCACGGUUGGGAGGAGGAAGAGGUGGUCUCGGGAAUCGUCGUGAUUCGGACAUGGCGAAGCGACCGCGGGCUUGCUGCUGCUCCGGUCGCGCGGCGAAGCGGCCGGCGCAGGCGCAGCGACGGCAGCAUCUGUACGUGGUGCUGGAGGACUGGGAGAGGGGAUACAGCAUCCACAAGGUGGACGUUGAGGCGUUCGACCCCGACGCCGCCGAUCACCCGGACUCCGACGAGGACGACGGCGUGCCCCCGGUGGUCCGCGUGGAGGCGAAGCACGGGUGCUCCAGUUAUUUCGCCGCCUACGGCAGCAAGAUCCUGGCCAUGUUCCCCGUCUCCGGCAGCCCCGGCGUCGCCGUGUUGCAUACCGAGUCAUCGGGAUUGUCCGUCUACCCGCUGCUGUCGAUCUACAGCCGCGUGAGCCACCCCUUGUUCGCGUCCGUCCGCGGCAUACUCUUCAAGAUAUCCCCGAGCUCCAUGGAGAUGCUCGGCGCGCAGCCGCCGGCCAUGGACGACGGCGGCGACAAGCGGUGGGCCUGGGAGAACAUCACGGCCUACUCCCAGCCGCCGUUCAACAUCCACCGCGCCGUGUGCCACGCGCUGCACCCGGACGGCCGCACCCUCUUCGUCUCCGUGCGCAUGGACGCCACGGAGCACACCUUCUCCUUCGAGGCCGACGAGCACCUGGAGUGGAGGCACCGCGGCGAGUGGAUGCUGCCGUUCCAGGGGCAGGCCUACUACGUCGCCGAGCUGGACGCGUGGGUCGGGCUCUGCCGCCGCAGCGAGGGCCUUGGCCACGUCUGCUCCUGCGACCUCGCCCCUCCUCUCUCCGCCGCCUCCCCCUCCGGCGAGGCGGCGGCGGUGCCGAUGCCACCGCGGUGGAAGCUGUGCGGGGAGAGGCUCUUCGACCCGGACGACAAGCGGCAUCAAAACGCGAAGCUGGUGCGCAUCGGAAGCCGCCGGUUUUGCCUCCUGGAGGCGGUGGGGCACAGGCACGGCCACAGGCCGAUGCGCCCGGUCCGCCGCGUCCUGCGCAUGACCACCUUCCGUCUCAGGUACGGCAAGAACGGGGAGCUGGAGAUCGCAGCCUCGCAGGCCGCAUGGCUCGCUCGUCCAGGCCGUACACGGUCGCCGACAAAAGUUUGAUCGAUCGGUCAAUCGAACCCGUCGCAUUCUGGAUGUAGUUUAUAUGAUAUUAUUAUAAACUUUUAGAUACACAUCACUCUGUUUUUUAAUAUCGGUGGUUUUUGGUUUUCUUCUCCUACGCCCAUCGGGACAAGGGAUUCUUUUGUGAGUACAUUGUGCUUGUAUUUCAAAAACUUUGGCGCGGAUGUAUAAUUUACUGUCUCCGUAAC